AUGGAGUAUGAUGGUGAUGGGGCUUUGGCCCCUGUAGGUAGGCCCAAGAGAGCCUGUGAUCAAUGCAGCUAUCGCAAGGUCAAGUGCGAUGGACUUCAGCCUUGCUCGCGAUGCGCCAAAUCCCGGCUGGAUUGCUCCUCAAGCCGGUCGCGCCCUUUGAAGCCAUCGAAUGGGAGGCGUAUCCAAGCUUUGCGCAAUUCGAAUGCGCCUCGCGUAGAUGCUGGCAGCUCCUUGACAGUCCCGGAACAACGUUAUGCUUUGGAGUCGCCGGACUCAGAUCGGCCGGUAGUCAACGACUAUGCAGCAUCGAACUCCAGUCAUAGCCCUGCUAGCAUCAGAGAUAAUCAUGGAAAUAGUCAGUGGGUGAGUCCUCGGCAAGAUCAUGCACCUCAACAUGGCCGUCCAUUUUUGAGUCCUGAUAUGGCACUGGCGGACCGCAACCAGCCAGGAGAUUGGCGUCGGCUGGAGGACAUGAGCACCACGCCCCGGGAUGCAGAAUCCCCCACAGACCCUAGCUCUUACAUGACACUCGACGAAGCAGAAGUCAUGUCCUGGGUUGAAGUUUUCUUUGAUCGUCUGUAUUCCACUGUCCCAGUGGUUGACCGUGCUGAGCUGGGCCGUGACCUCAUGGCCCAGAGACACCAACAUGAUCUUCAGUUCCGAGCAAUGAUCUACUCUCUUUGUGCUUUCGCAAUGAUGCAGCCAGUCCAUGAGAAUGAGCUGGGCUUCAUAUCAUCGCGAGAAUCCAGGGCCAAACAACUGCUUCAUUCGGCUGCUCGCGCGAGGGCUUCAUAUGACUUUGCCGAGAAUCCGAAUCUCGUCAUCAUCAUCACAAGCUUCUUCAUGUUUGCCACCCUGUUCAACCUGCGCAUGCAGAAUUCAUCGUGGAUACAGCUUAGAGAAGCAGUCGAAUGCGGUCGAUUAAUCGGUCUGCAUCGUCCAGAGUCAUAUGAAGGCCUAACACCCCGCCAAAUCAGUCACAGACUUCGAGUCUACCUUGUGCUUUCCGUUACAGAGAGAUCAGUGGCACUGCAGCGGAAUCAUUACAUUAGCUUUACAGGCCAGCCACUUCAGGAUCUGCAUAAUUACCACGUUUCGCUACGCGCCGCAAGUGUCAAAGAGCUUUCCGGCGUUGUCAUUUUUGACUCACGAAUGGCUUCUGCCACGGUAGGAUUGCUGCGACUCAGCAAAUUAUGCAGCGCCGUUGACGAACGUGUCAUCUCAUGCUGGAACUCCAGCUGCUCUUCCGGCCGACAGGCAUGCACCAAAGUCACGAUCGAACAGGCGGUCCAGGUCUUCAACAGCAUAGAGAGUGCGGCUGCGCCUAGCGAAGACCCCAACGAUCCGGAAAACAUCCUUUCAGCCCGCAUAUUAGAGGAUCGCGCUGCACACGAGGGUGUUGAGAUAUUGACCCAGGGGCAAGUCAUUGACAUCAGUAUAUUACGGUUCUGGCUCACUACAAGAUUAUGGGUGUCCUGCCUCACACACGAUCUGCUGGAUGAAACUUCCCCGCACGAAAACUUGAGACCCUCUUAUAUGGUUCACAUCGCGAGACAGGCCCUGGACAUUGCCAACAUUUGUGGUGAAGAUCGACUGGCAACCCAUGGCAUUGGGAUCAUUGAAAGAAUAUAUGAUAUUGGCAUGGGGGUAAUCAUGGCAUUGCAGCACUGCGUUGCUGACCCGGCGUCUGCACCGCUCAUCCCGGACUUUGAGCAAUUGCUCCAAAGGUUUUUCCAUUUCCUUCGCGCAACGAGGGGUGGAAACCAUCCAUUCUAUCAGGCGCUCAAGAAGGCAUUUGAUUCUGUGCAAUGA